AGCAAGACUGGCGGUAAGGCGAGAGCGAAAGCAAAGACUCGUUCAUCUAGGGCGGGACUGCAGUUUCCAGUAGGUCGCGUUCACCGAUUGCUACGUAAAGGAAACUAUGCUGAGCGUGUUGGUGCUGGCGCUCCAGUAUACUUAGCUGCCGUGCUGGAGUAUCUAACUGCUGAGAUUUUGGAGCUGGCUGGUAAUGCGGCCCGCGACAACAAGAAAACUCGCAUCAUUCCCAGACAUUUGCAGCUGGCAGUGCGUAAUGACGAAGAGCUGAACAAACUGCUUGGAGGCGUUACUAUCGCCCAGGGCGGAGUACUGCCCAACAUCCAAGCUGUUCUGCUCCCCAUGAAAACCGAAAAAGCAGUGAAGGCAAAGUAAUUUCUGUUGC